AUGUCAAGCGCUAUCAAACGCGCCGGUGGUGGUCGGCAGCCCUAUCGACUCCCACUCCUUCUUACUGUUCUUUGCAAUCUCAUUCUCCUGGCGCAACUGUGCACAUCUGAAGGUGUAUCUAUUGAUAGGUACCGUCAAGGCUACCGCAGAGGGAACGCGGUGUAUUACGAUGACCUAUCCGGGAUUAAAGAAAUGUUUAAUGAACCGUUAUACAUCAAGGCCAAUGCAAGCGUCAAAGUUUAUCCACCCAAAAGUAUAGCUGUCAUUGGAGGUGGUAUGGGCGGUGUCUCCGUUGCACAUUCGUUCGGGCCGGAAAGCUGCCGUGUCAAUUCUCCGCAGGUGACUAUCUUCGAGAAAGAAGAUCGCCUGGGAGGUCGGAUCCAUUCCGUCCCCAAAUACGACGAGGCCGACUGCGAUGUGGCCGAGGCGGGAGGACACACGUUUGACUGGAGAACAUACGGGGGAUCCGCAGCAAGUAUUGCGGAAGAUGUGGGUGUGCCUCUUCAAGAAAUAUAUCCCGGGGAAACGUCCAACGACAUCUUGGUGAGGGUAGGAGCUUGGAACGGCGAGGAGUUGAUUGAAAGCCGGUAUGAGCCGGCGCCGACCCUGCGGACGUAUCUGAAGAAGCUCCCAAGUCAAAUCGCUAUGUACAUCUGCGAAAGGCGCUGGGGUGACACCAAGGGAUGCGAGGAGGAUUGGGCUUGGGCAGUCCCAAAGCCAAUAACUCAAGUGAAUAAGGGAGUAUCAGACGCUAUGCGGAAAUUUGCGGAGUUGUGGGGUAUUGAUAUCUGGCGACACAAGAAAACAUAUCCACGGAGAGGGGGAAAUGCGAGGUUACUAAAGAGAGCAGUGAGGCUGUCUGAGGCAGAGUUGAAUUUGAAUUCCACCGUGAGUCGGAUUGUGAGGCAUGAAGAUCUUACAUUCGAUAUCCAUUGGACCAAAGAAUUCCCGGAUGGUCAGACCGAAGCGCAUGUCGAUCAGGUUGACGCUGUAGUCAUUGCAGCCCCUUUCCAUCAAACCGGCAUUACUAUUGAGCCUCCCCUGCCAUCCACCCCGGUGGAAGUUAACUAUACUCCUCUCCAUGUAACGCACUUCAUAACCCGCCAUCGGCUGGAUCCCAGGGCGUUCAAUAGAUCUCAAAGUAAUGAAAUCCCUGAUACAAUCUUGAAUCUGAAUGGUGACAAAGCACCACACGCGACACGACCGUCUUCCCUCCCUUCGUUUCUAGCCAUCACUCGAGAAGAUUCAAGCUACGCGGCUGGAUGCAUCGUUGACAUGGAAAGCCAAUAUAGAAUUAUUUCGCUGAACCCAAUCUCCGACAGCGACAUCGCUAACUUGAUAAAUGCUAGUAGACAAGCCCCGGAAGAUGUUACAUUCCCUCAUCAAGCGUGCUACCCAGUCAGGCAGGACUGGGCCAUGCCGUUCGGAGUGGACUCGCCUGAGCCGGACCAUAUGUACGCAGAAUUUGAGGCCAAGGCGGCGGAAAUCGAGUGGCACGAGCUUGAAGGCGAGGGAAAUGAUGGAUGGUAUUUGAGGAAUAUAGGCUGCGUCAACGCGCCUACUAUUCGAUGGAUCCAUCGCCGGUAUUGGCCGAAUGGUGUUCCCAUAGUGAAUCAUGAUGCGAAAUGGGAUCGACGCAUUGAGUUGGCUCCGAGGUUAUUCUAUGUCAAUGGAUUUGAGGGCUUUGAGGGAGCGUCGAUCUCGCAGAGUGGGAGGACUGGGCAGCGUAUAAUGUAUGACUUGUUGUAUAACUACAUUAACCCAUGA